AUGCACUAUAACAAGAGGGAAAUAAUCGGGAGUUUUCCAACUCGAGACGCACACCUGCCUGACGUGGUGGACACGACGCCUGAACCACCACACCUGCCUGACGUGACGGACACGACGCCUGAACCACCACACCUGCCUGACGUGGUGUACACGACGCCUGAGCCACCACACCUGCCUGACGUGGUGGACACGACGCCUGAACCACCACACCUGCCUGACGUGGUGUACACGACGCCUGAACCACCACACCUGCCUGACGUGGUGUACACGACGCCUGAACCACCACACCUGCCUGACGUGACGGACACGACGCCUGAACCACCACACCUGCCUGACGUGGUGUACACGACGCCUGAGCCACCACACCUGCCUGACGUGGUGGACACGACGCCUGAACCACCACACCUGCCUGACGUGGUGGACACGACGCCUGAACCACCACACCUGCCUGACGUGGUGGACACGACGCCUGAACCACCACACCUGCCUGACGUGACGGACACGACGCCUGAGCCACCACACCUGCCUGACGUGGUGGACACGACGCCUGAGCCACCACACCUGCCUGACGUGACGGACACGACGCCUGAGCCACCACACCUGCCUGACGUGGUGAACACGAUGCCUGAGCCACCACACCUGCCUGACGUGGUGUACACGACGCCUGAACCACCACACCUGCCUGGCAUGGUGUACACGACGCCUGAACCACCACACCUGCCUGACGUGUGGGGCAGUCAAGCUUGUCGCCAUCCAUCUUCAAGAAAGCUGUUGUUAAUGUGUGUUCUGCUGAACUACGAUUCCUUACAUUGUCAUACUCAUUGA